UAUUUCCAUUUUUGACAUCUUAUCACAGAGAUUUUUGGAAAAGAAUUAAAAAAAAAAAAAGAAAAUUGUUUUUAACUACCAAAAAAAUAACGAAAUCCUCUCUCUCCCCUUUUUUUUUCGAUCCAACACCGACACAGUGACCAGAAAAAGUCUUUUGCUUAAUUCGACUCUCUCUAUCUUCCAUCAAUGGCUUCUUGAUCAGGUUGAAUUCUGCAUAUUGUUAAAGGAACAUUGGUUUAGAGCUAUUGACUGGGGAAUCUUAUCAGUUAUCAGAUCAUAUGAAGUGCUCUCUCUAUUGGCGAGGUUCUCUGGAAGUUGAUUUACAUGCACUCUUACCAAACAAAUUUCUCCGAGGAUUAACUGAGGUGAAUGAAGAGAGACUGAAUUCUGAGACUAAAACUGUUUAUUUGUUAUCACAUUCGACCUGCAAGCUGGGAAACAGAGAACAAAGACUACUAUGUCUGAGGGUGGCGAGCAGCUUAUUGAGCUUAAAUUCCGCAUUUUUGAUGGGACAGAUAUAGCACACAGUACUUAUGCAUCAUCUAUGACUGUCGCAACACUUAAGCAAAGGAUUGUUGCUGAGUGGCCUCAAGACAAAACAGUCGCACCAAAGUCAAUAAAUGAUUUGAAACUUAUACAUGCUGGUAAAGUUCUGGAAAACAACAAAACGCUUGCUGAUUCCAGGAUAACAUUUGGUGACCUUCCCGUUGGUGUUAUUACCAUGCAUGUGGUAGUGCAGCCUGUUAUAGCAAACAAUAAGACAGAAAAGAGCAAGGAGGAGAUGCAGAAGCUGAAUUCAUGCGGCUGUAUUAUUCUUUAAACUGUAAACGUGCUCUGUAGUUAUCAACUUUUUCACAUUUAUACUUAAGUUUGUAUAAGGUCUGAUUCUGCUUUUGAAAUGGUGUUCAUCUAUAUACGGGCUGCCUUGUUUCUUCGAAUAUGAUUACUCAGGUUACAGUGUUCCUUCUGUAACCAUCCUCUUACGUUUUGUAUAAGCUACGAUUGUACAGAUGAAUCAAAUGCAUUUCAGAGAGAGAUGUAAUGAUAAUGUUCGAGCAAACUACCUUCUGACAGUGAUACAUCUAAAUGUAAUUGUUCCAUUAUUGAGUAACAUCUCUAGAUUUAGAA